AUGGGCGUGGCUUUUGCAAAGUAAACUCAACGUGACAUCAUAUUUGACAUUUGACAGACGUGUUAACCUCAAAAAUGAACUCAGAUGAGAAAAACAAGAACCAAAAGCCGGCCCCGACAGACGACCCGGAAUGCAUUUAUCGAAUUUACAACGUCUUAUCUUAUUUCAUAGUCCUCGUAGUGAUCGGAAUCCCGGUUUGGUGGUACACCACCCGUGUCUACAGGGCGAGUUUGCCCCUCGACCGCAUGUUUGACGUGACCCUUGCUAACAAAACCGAUAAACAUUUUGGAAUCCCCCUCAGUCUCGAAUACGACGUCCUGAUCACAAUUGUUAACCCCGACCCCGAGAAUUUACACGUGGACCUCGCAGGCGAGGACCUCGAUGCGAACCUCCAACCCUUCCUUUCCAAAGUGUCCCCAAUCGCGGAUUUUAUCGUUAAGUCGCAGUGGCUGUAUUUAACCGAAUUGGGGGCCAUCCCGCGCAAAAUCAUUGACAAGUAUGUCUUGUACGAGGAGCAACUACCGCACGUUAUAACCCCCCUCGAAAAGAAACUCUGGUCCCACCUGUCGCCCCGGCCAUGCUUGAACCUCGUCUUAUACGUCUCACACUGCAAUGUACCCCUAUUUAUAAGAAACAACCGCGACGAAGACACCGCCAAUGCGUUUUUCAGCCCCCGCUGGGGUGGCAUUUUCAUCAUCAACCCUGAUCAAGAUUCUUGCGAUGUGAAAAACUUCAAACCGGAUGUGCAACUCAUUACGUCAACUUUUGUAUCCCAAUUAGGCAAAAUGCUGAAAAUGGGGGGUACUACCGAGGGGGACGUUCAAGAAUUAAUGAGACGUAAAGCCGAAGAUAUGGUGGAUUCAACCCGGAGGACGCUAAAAUCUUUAGCCCAACUCUUAUCAGAAAUAAACAGUAUUGUGAUAAGCGACGAUGUAGCUCUAAAGAUACAAAUCGCAGUGGAUAAUGCUGAUGUUGCCGAAGACUUAUUGAAGAAAAAUGAGAUUGAAAAUGCAUUAAAUUUCGCCAAAAUUGCAUUUAAAAAUGCUGAAGCCGCUUUCAGUGACCCGUCUUUACUGGCUUUGCUUUAUUUCCCGGACGAUCAAAAGUACGCUGUUUAUAUCCCUCUUUUCUUACCUGUAAUGAUUCCAGUACUGAUGUCUCUAAUAACCGUGAAAAAAUGGUACAAAGACAAGAAAUUAAAGACUGAUUAAUUUUUAUUAAAAAUAAAAAAAAACAACUACA